AUGUCGCACCCUGGAGAGAUUUCCCAGUCGAAGGGUCAGCAGGAUGAGUUUGUCGAGUCCAUCGAAGCCGUGGAGGCUGGCAAGGCUACUCCAGCGGUGCAUGGUGAUGCCCGUCCCAAACAGGACCAGGCACUGCAGUUGAUUGAACAUGCAGGAUACUCGACUACCCUGACGCCAGAGAACAACAAACGAGUCCUGCGUGAAAUUGAUCUGCGCUUGCUACCCAUCCUUUUGUCAAUCUACUUCCUCCAGCAGCUCGACAAGUCAACCCUCUCCUAUGCGUCUGUCUUCGGCCUGGUCGAGAAAGCCCAUCUUCAUGGCAAGAUGUACUCCUGGUUGGGAUCAGUGGUCUACCUGGCCCAGCUGAUCUUCCAGCCCCUGGUCUCCUAUCUCCUGGUCAAAGUGCCCAUGGGAAAGUUCAUGGCUGCAUCAGUCCUGCUUUGGGGUAUUUCUCUGUCUUGCAUGACAGCCGCCAAUAGCUUUGCUGGCCUGUUGGUUUGCCGCAUGUUCUUGGGUAUCUUUGAGGCGGGCAUUGCCCCGGCAUUCAUCGCCGUCACGCAGAUGUGGUAUCGACGACUCGAACAGCCCGUCAGACUGGGCUCUUGGUACGCAAUGAAUGGUGUGGUCAACAUGGUUGGAAGUUUGAUCACUUAUGGCCUGGGUCACAUCAAGUCUUCGGUCUUUGAGCCCUACCAGAUCAUCUUCCUGUUCUUUGGUCUCAUCACUGUUGGUGUUUCCGUCGCUGUUCUCCUGUUCAUGCCCGACUCCCCCACAACCGCCAAGUUCCUCAACGAAGAAGACAAGCUCGUCGCUAUUGAGAGACUGCGCAUGAAUCAGCAAGGUAUCGAGAGCCACGAAUGGAAAUGGGACCAUGUCAAGGAGGCCUGCUUAGAUCUCAAGUCUUGGUUUUGGUUUGCCCUGAUGUUUACCAUUUCCAUUCCAAGCGGCGGAAUUACUACCUUCGGUCCUCUUAUUGUCAAGUCAUUUGGUUUCAAUUCCCUCAACACAAUCCUGCUGAAUGUGCCUUUUGGUGCUGUUCAGCUUGUUGCCACCAUGGGUGGUGCUUGGUUAGCCACUUACUGGAAGAAGAAGGGUCCAGUUCUGGCGCUUCUUUGUCUUCCUCCCAUUGCAGGCUGUGUGAUGCUUUUGCAUAUCGCCCACAACGCCGCUCAUAGGGGACCUCUUCUUGCGGGAUACUAUCUUAUCUCUGUCUACCCUGGUAUUACUCCUCUGGUCUACUCCUGGUCUGCUGCCAACACGGCCGGUGAGACGAAGAAGAAGGUCACCACAGGUAUCCUUAUUGUGGGACAGUGCGUGGGUAAUGUCGUUGGUCCCACUCUUUACACCACUGAGGAGGCACCUCUGUACCGCCGUGGACUGCUCUCCAACCUCGCCCUGUUCUGUAUUCUGUUCUGCUUGGUCCUUCUGAACAUGGGAUACCUCAGAAUUCUCAACAAGAAGCACGAGCAGCAACGUGUUGCCGCCGGCAAGGAAGCCAAGGUGUUCGACCACUCUAUGAACGAAGUUGGAGCCGCCCACACCGACAAGGAGGGCGUUCCCGUGCAAAGCGUAGCCAACGACAAUGCGUUCAAGGACCUGACAGACUGGAAGAACGAAGACUUUGUAUACGUAUACUAG